GCACACUAUUAUCGACCGGGGAGAGCAACAGCACUGAACAGCACCUCACCCUCGAACUUGAAGCCCCUCUCUCUUCUUCUUCUUCCUCUUGCUCUGUUUCUGUCACUCUGCGACAGACUGCGACCAGCAGGCUGCUGCUGCUAUCAUCUCGUACUCAUGGGAUUGGAGACUCGUCGUCGGUACGUACCCGACUACCGUAAACCAUCUCUGCCAUUGCUGGGCCUAGCACCAUGCAAGUGCACGGAAACCUGCUCCCACUUCGCUACUCCGGCGGCGGCCAGCCCGACCGGUACCUUGUCCCCUCCACUACAUCCAACCGUAACACGCUUGUCCCUUUUCAGAGGGGGUCUCUCUGCGGCCUGCCAUGGGGCCAUAGGCCGUAGCUUGUCGUCGGCCGACUUUGGGGGGGGGGGAGCUGCGUGGUGUGCGGGCAGUGAGAUUGGUGUAUCCGUACGCAUAGGCAGACCGCACUUACCUUACGAAAAGAACCGAGAAACUCUAGCUAGCCAUCUCUAUAUUUUCGCAUUCGAAGCGACGAGCAGCAAUAACCACUUCGGGCAGUUCGCAAGAUUCGGCACCAUGUGGACAAGAGGCUCCAGAGUAAAAAACACAAAUGCCCGCCGUCGGCCCUUCUCACUCAAAGGGCGCGAUACAGAGUGGUGUCAUAGAACGUCGAGGGGUCACCUACCUAGUAACCGUAGCAGAAACCGUUUGCCAAAUGGAGCAUUCCGGUGCGGAAACCCUACCCAAUUUCGCCUAGUCCACAUCCACUGGCACAACAUCCUCCGUCCAGACGUACGGAGCACACAGUAGAGAGAGGAGGUUGGAGCCACUGGCGUAUCGAUCGCUAGUGCGUUGCGUCGUCCCUUUGGAAAGGGAAAAAAAAAGAGCCUUGGAUCUAGGUAUCUCCUGAGGCCUUCUAGCACCCCCAUUGCAAAGCCAUGAGAAUCCAUACCUAAGACGAGAAUUGCGACCUGA